AUGUCUGCUGGUAAGACUGCACCCUCUGGGAAAUUAACUCUCGCCUUCUUCAAAUGCGAUACUCUGGAAAAGGAGUCCAUAGAAGAACAUGGCGAGUACCAAGACGUCCUUCACAACCUAUUCGAACCACUACUUCCCGAUCAUCUUACCCUGGAAACGUUGACAUACGAUGUACUCGACAAAAGGGAGUAUCCUAAAGAUGAGCAAUUGGAGAAUAUCGACGCUAUUAUAAUCUCAGGUAGCUUCGAAGAUGACGCUCACGCAGAUACCCGUUGGAUACUUAAAUUAGCUGGAUUCUUAAUAAAGAUAUAUGACGAGUACCCUCGUAUUCGCAUCCUCGGCAUAUGUUUUGGCCUACAGGUAAUUGCCAGAGCUUUUGGACCAGCGCAGAUUGAGAAGAAUCCAAAAGGAUGGGAAGUGGGAAGUACAAAGAUGGAAUUGACUGACAUAGGAAAGAGUUUGAUCGGGGGGGAGAAUGAGGAAGAUGCUAAAAGACCGUCAAAAUUGCGGGAUCACGUCACGAUGCAACAGAUCCACUCAGAUAUAGUCACUGAAGUUCCGGAGGAUUUCCAUCUCCUAGGCGCUUCAGAGCUUUGCCCUGUCCAGGGUAUAGUCUCCUUAUAUGAAGAUAACAAGCCUCCAGCUUUUACUCAUUCUCAUGCUCAUACCCUACCCUCCGAACCGUGGUGCAAUGUGCACAUUAUCGCAUUUCAAGGUCAUCCUGAAUGGCACGAGGAUAUCCUCGUACCCUUUAUAGACAAUUACGAAAAAGAAGGCACCUUCGAUGCUGACUUCGCUGAGAAAGCUAGAGCCCAAAGCAGACAGCCGCACGAUGGCGAAAGAAUUGGGAGAGUUUUGCUCAGGGUUCUGGGUGUGGCCUAG